AAGCGUUGAUGAGUCACAGUCGAACGUAACCGACGCCACCAAACACCAAACACCAACGCUCCUCCGUUCUUCUUCUUUCUCUCUCUAAUUCCCAUCCUCUCUCUCUCUCUCUCUCUCUCUCUCUCUCUCUCUCUGAAGAUUCUGAUCUCUCAUGGCGACGGAGCUUCUCCAAAUUGAACCCCCUCAACUCACAUUUGUCUUUGAAUUGAAGAAACAGAGUUCCUGCUUGGUUCAUCUUGCUAACAAGGCUACUCACUAUGUUGCUUUUAAGGUGAAAACGACGUCGCCGAAGAAAUAUUGCGUUAGGCCAACCAUAGGCAUCAUCAAGCCACAGGGAACAUGUGAUUUCACUGUUACUAUGCAGGCUCAGCGCACAGCUCCUCCUGAUUUUCACUGUAAAGACAAAUUCCUCAUUCAAAGCACUGUUAUCCCCUUUGGAACAACCGAAGAUGCAAUCUCUUCUGACCUGUUUGCAAAAGAUAGUGGCAAGUAUGUUGAGGAGAAGAAACUAAGGGUAGUCCUCAUAAGUUCAUCCUCUUCCCCUGAAGUAUUGCUUCCUGUAAAUGGAGAUUUGAAGCAGGACCUAUCCAAUCAAAUUCAAUUGCAAAAAGAUAGUGUGCCAAGUGGAGUUGAAAACAUGACUCCCCCUCUUACUCUUAGAGUUUCUGAGGAAAAAAGUUUGGACUCAGCCCAGGAUACGGAGGAGGAUACAACCGAUGAGGAUAUUGUUUCGAGACUUGCUGAGAUUACGGGUGACUUGAAGCAAGGAAAUGAUGCUGUGCAGUUGAAUUUAGCUAAGGAUUCCGAGGAAUUGAAGUCAAGGCUGAGUAUAAUGGAUUCUAAGCUAAGAGAGGCUGAAGGAAGCAUCAUGAAGCUGAAUGAAGAGAGGCGCAGGAACACUAAAGAAAAAGAUUUGCUAAAGCAAGAGUUGGAGGUGUUGAAGAGGAAAAUCAAUAUGAAAAGAGCUCAGACGGGCUUUCCGUUACUGUUUGUUUGCGUGGUUGCCCUUGUAAGUGUGGUAGUCGGGUAUUAUAUUCAUCCAUAAGGAGGAAAAAUGUGUGUAUUAUAGCAGACGUUCUAAAAUCAUGGGGCUCUCCUUCGUGAAUUUUGUAAUGGUUAUACUGGACAAAGGUUAAUAUGUGUCGUGUGGAAUGG